AAACACGCAAACACAAAACACAGCUUUGCAGCUGGGCUCAUGGCGAAAGUAUUCCACUUUUAUAAAGUAUCAGGAAAUUGAGCGUUAAAUGGAACCGCUGUAGCUUUGUAAGAUGCUGAUGAUCUGAAUGAAUGAUCCUUAAUAAAUAAGAAACAUGAUCCGGAUAGCUGCUCUGAACGCAGCGUCUCAGGCUGCGGAUGAGCAUGAAGAUGCCUUCAAAAGCGCUAAACCUAGUCAAACAAAGGAAGCCCAGGAGGCAGAAGCGUUUGCUCUUUAUCAUAAAGCUCUUGAUCUGCAGAAACAUGACAAGUUUGACGAGUCUGCCAAAGCCUACCAUGAGCUCCUCAAGACCCCACUGCUCAAGGAGGCAGUGGCAUCUGAAGAUGAGAAAGUUGGACUCAAGCAUCCUGGACUGAUGCUGAAGUACUCCACCUAUAAAAACCUGGCCAGCCUUGCUGUGCUCAGAGAUGAUUUAGACACUGCCAUGGACUUCUAUGUGCAGGCUGUCAUGCUGGACUCCACAGAUGUGAAUAUGUGGUAUAAGAUGGGAAAGUUGGCUUUGAGGAAGGCCAGCAUGCCUUUGGCCCGCCAUGCGUUUGAGGUGGGCUUACGCUGUAACCCGGACCACUGGCCCUGCCUGGACAGUCUCAUCACGGUCCUCUACGCUCUCAGUGACUACAGCUGUUGCCUGUACAACAUCUGUAAGGCUCUGGAGAAGGACACAGGCUACAGUAAGGGCCGAGUACUCAAAGAGAAGAUCUUUGAAGAGCAGCCCUGCCUCAGACGGGACUCUAUGAAGAUGUUCUCCAAACUUGAUGUGACAGUGCAGUACGUGGAUGUAGAUGAGGAGGAAGCCCACAGCAUUGUGGAGGAAGCGCUGGAACUGAGGAGACAGAGACAGGCUAAACUCACACGGCAUCCUGUAGCUGACCUGCAGCUGGUUCAGCCCAUCAAAUACUUCACGUGGAAGAGCGUUGGGGAGAGUUUCUUGGCCAUGUACAAACACCAGAAUGCUUGCCUGGUCCCACGGCCUGACUUUGGCCGCCGCAUCGACCUGUCAAUGUACCGUGACCCAGACUGCCUUGUGCAAAUGCCCACCAGCACUCCAGCGCCCACCACUGCUGCUUCAGACCCCCCUCAACCCCCCAUACCCGUCAGUGUACCUCAGGCCCCUCCUGCUCCAGGUCCCAGUAGCCCGAGUGCCAGUCUGCACCCAUCCACCGAGUUCUUUGUCCAGCUGCAGGCCCCACACAGCACUGAUGCAGGAGCACUGCAGAACCAGAACGUCAUUGAGAUCACCACUACACCCGCAGUCACCACUACUGCUGCCAGUGGAACUGAGGAUGCCGCCGCUACCACGGUUACUACUGCUGCUUUGGAUGCUGCCUUGAAUGACAAAGUGAAAAAAGGCACUAAGAGAAAACGUGUGGUAGAGGACACCGCAGAGACGGCGAAGAGGCGCUCAGCACGUGUCCGCAACACCAGAUGCAAGAAAGAAGAGAAGAUUGACUUCCAAGAGCUCCUGCUCAAAUUCCUCCCCUCUAGAUUGAAAAAGUUUGAAGAUGAUGAAGAUGAGGAGAGUCUCAGUAACAUGGACUCACAGUGUGACAGCAAACUUGAUUCCCAGACAAACCGCGGAUCCAACUCUUCCGAGUACAUUGUCUCUAUGGAAACAGAGCGGAAGGACGUUCAUGCGUUCCUUCUGGCGAACAUGCAGAACGGCGGCAUCCUGGAGCUGAUGAUGCGGUAUCUGAAAGUGGUGGGGCAGAAGUUUCUGGAGGAGUGGUCAGCGGGCCUCGGCACAGUGGUGCUGGAUCUGUUCAACUGCUGGAGGAAACACAGCGCUGGGCUGCCCAAUCCACUGCUCAGAGAUUCCAGCAACCAGCACAUAAAGGAAAUGAUGCUGAUGUGUCUCUGCUGUCUGGAGCUGCAGUUGGAGCAGAAGUCCAUGAUGAAGGCCAAGAACAGUAAGAACGUCUCAAACAGUCAGACAUCUGUGUUAUGUUUGACAUCAGUGUCUCAGAGGAAGACCAUGUCUGGUUCAGGAAGGGAUUGUGGGGACAUUGAUGGUCCAGAGACCCGCUUUCAGACUGAUUUAUUCCUUCUGACCAUGGCCUCCUCUCAGAGAGAUCUGUUUGAAGACGACUGGCUCUCUUUCGCCGUCAGAGUUCACUGGCUCAAAGCACGAUACCUUGCCUUUCAGGGUGACAUGGAGGAGGCGCAGGAGUGUUACGACAUGUGUGUCGGUCUGCUGAAAGGUCAGACAAGUGAGAUGGAAAAAAUCACCAUCCUCCUGCCCAACCUCAGUGUGGACAAUGCAGUCUCUAUAGAGGAGAUUGAGAAGAAGUUGAAGUCUCUAGAGCGAUGUCAGUCUCUAGAGGAGAUCCAGAGACUGUUCGACACAGGAGACUACCAGUCUGUGGUCCGUCUGCUGCAGCCCACACUGAGCUUUGGCCCCGGCUCGGCACGACUGAAACCUCUAGAUUACAUCAGCUCUGCUCCUGAGAGACCAGCACAGCUCUUACUGCUGCAGAGCUCCUUGCUGCAGCUGAAAGACUAUAGCUCCUGCCUCGAGACAUCUGAAGUGUCUCUCAAUGAGGCCAUACAGCACUUGAACUCUGGAUUACCCAGCAGCCCCUCUGCCAAGGAGGAUUGGGUGUCCACCGUCACGGCCCUGCUGAAGGGAGUCGAAAGCUGCAUCACUGAAAAACCUGAGCUGCUCAGUCACACCCCACGACCCGCAAACCUACCACGCCUCGCCAACAACCUCAUACAGUUGAUAGCCAACAGCAUGGUCUUACCUGAUGACCCCAAAGAGGCUCAUUUCUCAUCACUGUUGCCAUGGAUUCUGCUGUACCGCCUCAUCAAACAGGAAGAGGCAGCCUUUGACUGCAUGCUGCGGCAGCACAUCGCAGAUGAGGAUGAUGAUGAGGAUGAUACUCCGCUGCUGCCCUCCUCCCUCAUGCUUCUGAACACAGCGCAUGAAUACCUGGGCCGUCGCUCCUGGUGCUGCAACUCUGAUGGCACUUUACUCAAAUUUUUUGUGCGUGUAUUGCGGGAGAAGCUCUCAGGACCUGAGAAUCUGCCAUAUAAAGAAGAUCUGGAGACGGCACUUGAGCAGUGUUUCUUCUGCCUGUAUGCUUACCCGAGCAAGAAGAGCAAAGCCCGAUACCUGGAGGAGCAUUCUGCCCCACAGGUGGAGCUUCAUUGGGAUGAUGCCGUCUUUAUGUUUGAAUACUUUAAACCCAAGACCUUGCCAGAGUUUGACAGCUAUAAGACCAGCACGGUCUCUGCUGACCUUGCCAACCUGCUUAAAAGGCUUUCUGGAAUAAUCCCACGUAACAACGGCCCGACGCUCUCUGUAGAUGACGUGUCUGCCUAUAUCGAAGGAGGUGCUCUCAAGGUGCCAGCGCUUCCGGAAGGAGCGUCCCCGGCGCCCCCUGUGGUUAACGAGCUGUACUACCUGCUAGCGGACUACCACUUCAAAAACAAAGAGCAGUCGAAAGCCAUCAAGUUCUACGUGCACGACAUCUGCAUGUGUCCCAACAGGUUUGACUCGUGGGCAGGCAUGGCACUGGCACGCGCCAGUCGCAUCCAGGACAAGCUGAACUCCAAUGAGCUCAGGAGUGACGGACCCAUCUGGAAAAACUCUCUGGCUGUGCUGACCUGUUUCAAACGGGCUCUGGAGAUAGACAGCUCCAACCUCUCCCUAUGGAUCGAGUACGGUACCAUGUCCUAUGCCUUGCACUCCUUCGCUUCCAGACAGCUCAAACAAUGGAAACAUGAACUUCCUGCUGACUUGAUCAAACAGGUACUUCUGUUUGUAAAGAUGGAAGAGCGCAGAGACUCGAUGUUGGAGAUGGCGUCGCAGUGUUUUCAGAGCGCCUCUCGCUGUGACGGUGAUGAGGAAGAGUGGCUCAUUCACUACAUGAUGGGGAAGAUUGCUGAGAAGCGCAAACUCCCGCCCAAAGACUACCUGCAGCUGUACAAAAUGUCCGCACACUACCUGCAUGAGGAGGCAGCCAGAUACCCACGCAAAAUCCACUACCACAACCCACCUGACCUCGCCAUGGAGGCCUUAGAGCUGUUUUUCCGCCUGGGCGCCACCAUUCUGAAGUUGCUGGAGAAUGAGGAAGAUGAUGGUGAACAGUCUGAGCAGCAAAUGAAGCUUCUGAAUUAUGAGCUGUUCUUCAACAUGCUCGCCGAAGCUGCCGUCGGACCCUUUGCACGCGGAGAGGAGAAGACCACGUCCAAAACCAGCAAUGACAAGGAAAAGCUUCCAUCCAUUAACGAUGAAGACUCGCGCUCCUCGGCUGGCGUGAGUACCUGUCCGGCAGCAUUGGCCACCUCAUCUGUCACUUCUGUGGUGGCUCCAACAACAACUGUGCCUGGCGACGGUGCGGCAGGUGCGAGUUCUCCCACGUACGCGGUCACUCCGGUCGACCACGAUUACAUCAAACGUAAAAGCCUGCAGCAGAGGCACAGGCAGGGGCAGGAGCUCCAGCAGCAGCAGCAGGACGCUGACUUCUCACGUGACCAUGACUACUGCCUGUGUUUCUCUGCUUUGCGGCCAGGAUCUGUGUAUGAGCAAAGUCAGGACAGCGUUGCUGGCAUGUCGGACUCCAGCUCCUUGCAGGAUGUCUUCAUGGACGCCACCAGCUCACAGGACAGCAGCCACAAGGUCGAUCCUGGGAAGUGUAGUAUUUUUCCGGAAGAAUCAAAUGCCACUGGAAAAGAGAAACCGGCCACAGCAGAGGAUGCAGGCCCCUUGGAGGACAAGAACAUGGAUAUCAGCUCUGCCACACUCUCUCAAGAAUCUUCAGUCACACAAGAGUCUUCAGACACCACCUUAUCCAUCACCUCCCCAGAGGCCUCCGUCCCCAAAACCCCCACCACAGACACCCCGACCCAAGCUCCACCUCAUCCACUGCACACCUCCCAACCACACAGACCUCACACCCAGACCAGCUCCUCCAGCGAGGGCAAGCGCAGGCCAGAGCCGCCGCCUCCGCUGGAGGUGAUAGAGCUGCCUAAGUGUCUGCCGCCGGGACAGAGAGAGCAGAGGAAAACACUAGUGGAUGUGUGUGUGAGGUCUCUCUUCCUGUGUCUGAGUCGCUACCCGCAACACUACAAGAGUCUCUAUCGUCUGGCCCACCUGUACUCCUACAGCAAGACACACAAGAACCUGCAAUGGGCACGAGACGUGUUGCUAGGGAGCAGUGUCCCAUGGCAACAGCUGAAGCACAUGCCGGCACAAGGACUUUUUUGCGAGAGGAAUAAGACCAAUCUGUUCAACGGCAUCUGGCGUAUUCCAGUAGAUGAUAUCGAUCGUCCUGGUAGUUUUGCAUCUCAUAUGAACAGAUCCAUCGUGCUCUUGCUGGAUGUUCUGUCUCAACUGAAAGAUCACCACACUUUACUUAAAAUCUCCCUCAUGCUUCAGAGAACCCCUGAUCAGGGAAAGAAGUACUUGCGAGAUGUGGACCGACAAGUUUUGGCCAAGCGAGCAUUUUUUUUCACUGUAAAAGUGCUGGAAGACAAUCUGGAUAAACUCACAGGGGUAAGUGUUCCCCCUAAACCGUCUGCCACCUCUAUGGGUGAAAUGAUGACUGCGGAUGUGUCCAACCGGCCUCCUGCUGUGGAGGACCCCAAAUCCUCCCAAACCACCCAGCCUAAAGCAGGACUCCCCAACACCCCUAAAGCUUCAGGAAGUGAGACCGGACCUCCCGGUAUGCCUCAGCAAUGUUCAGCCACUCUUCAGCUCUCCCUGGAACCUUUAAAUCAGGCGACAGGGUCCACCGUUCACCCCAGAGAAGGUAAUUCAGGACUUGUAGAGCCUAUGGAGCUUGGCCCGGGAUCAUGGCCAGGUGCCUCAAAAUUCAGAGAGCCUCAAACACCUGUUGAAACUGGACCACAGGAGCAGGGGGUGGUUAAAUCGGCGGCAGAGGAGGCCGAUAAGGUCCCAGAGAGCAGUCGGGCAUCAGAGCUGUCACUGGAGGAGUUAAGCAUUAGCUCAAAACAGCAGCAGCUACAGAAUCAGGUGAACGCAGCUAAAGGAGCACUUUCUAUGGUCACAACACCAACAGCCAGCAACCCCACACCUCUACCCAGCACUCCUGAGGUGGGACUACAGCAGAGGCCCAGCAGGAAGAGGAAGCUGCUGGAUGACGUGGAGUCGGGCAAGACGCUGCUUUUGGAUGCGUACAGAGUGUGGCUGCAAGGUCAGAAGGGCAUGACCUAUGACCUGCAGCGCAUCGAGAAGAUCAUGUCUGAGACCUACAUGCUGAUUAAACAGGUGGAUGAGGAUGUAGCAUUGGAUCAAGCUCUCAAGUUCUGCCAGAUUCAGAUGGCGACGUCGGCACAAAGACAGAGCUCCAGUGAUGCACCCAGCACUCCUAAGUUUAGUAAAGACCAGCGAGACAUCUUCUUCCCCGCAUCGUUCUCCACGCCGUGCCUCCACACGCACACGUACACGGCACCAACGCAGGACGGGGAGGCCAAGCUGAGCAAGACCCCUCGACCGCUUCUCAUACAGCCGCAGACACACAGCACUCCAACACAGAUCUACUGCCCGCCCUCCAGCCAACCCGACCAAUCACAACAGCAGAAAACGCCCAGCCAGCCAAUAGCAAGCAUGGCCUUCUUGCCUCACACAGAGGACAGAGAGGAGCCGGUUACUGAGGGUCUGCUGUACCGCCAGCAGGAGUCCCAUCUGUGCCAGCAGAUGAAGAUGACCACCGUCUCUCAGAUUCACAGCACACAGGAGUGGGCCGCUCACGAGCCCCCGUCCUGCUCAACACAAACCAGCACAGAAAGUGACCAGUCAAAGCAGGGAGACGCAAGUCGCAUCCGGUCCAGAAUUCCUCCCAACAUGCCCAAACUGGUGAUCCCCUCCACAGUCACUAAAUUCCCGCCAGAGAUAACAGUCACGCCCCCCACGCCCACCCUGCUCUCCCCGAAAGGUAGCAUCUCUGAGGAAACCAAACAAAAACUCAAGAAUGUGAUCCUGUCCUCUCAGUCGGCAGCUAACGUGAAGAAAGACACUCUGGCUCAGCCCGCUUUAGAGGUGCAAGAGACAUCGAGUCAGGAGUCCUCUCUUGAAAGCGAGUCGGAUGAGGAAGAUGACUACAUGGACAUUUGAACUGUCAAGCUUUGAGCCGAACUCUCAAGCUGAGCUCUGAAGCAAAAUCUCCUUUUUUUUUUAAUCGUGGAGCUGCAGCUAAUUGUUGACGGUUUUGUCUUGGUCUGUUUUUCUAUAGCGCGAUUUCUCCGCUAUAUGCACGGUUUUCAGCGAAAGGGCUUUUUCCUACCCUGGCACUUGUGUCCUGUUGGUUUUGCUUUUCUGCUGCUAAGCAUGGACUGGGUAUUUAUGUCGUUCUGCUGUUUUUUUGUUGUGUACAAUCCUGCAAAGUGCCAUUUUUACUCUAGCAGUUACGAAAAUGAUGCUCACAGCUAAACCACAGUGGAAUCAUGCAAAGUCAGUACAAAAUCAUUUCCUAGGAUGGAUUAUGUAAUAUUGACAGUUUGUGUAAUGCAAUUUACUCACUCAGAGUUUCCUGGGCAUUAAAUCCAUGAUGACUUUGUUUACAGAUUUACAAGGAAGGGAAUUGUGCUUAACGUUUGGUCAGUUCAGCAGUGUAAAAUAAACGCGAGUCAUAUCACUGCCAAGUUUCAGUGGCAUUGCAACCAAACGUGGAAUAUCACCUCGAGACGUCAGCAUGCAAACGUGACCGUUUUUUUUACAUCCGUGUGGACAUGUAUCUCUGUUUUCCUGAGUAUGCUUUGACUUCUUUUUUCAGAGCUCUGCUGCCUACACGAACAGUGCACAUGGAGCUUCAUGCUUGAUCGGUUGUCCAUGCUUUAGCUAUUGGCUUUUUUAAAGGGGAGUUCUACAGAUUUAUGAUUCUUCACAGCACCACAAGAUUUCAGUUUAGAUAUUUACUGUAUUGGUAAUCUGUUGGUUGUGAAAAUAGCAAACUUUGGAGUAUUUAAGCCACCACAAGUUCCAUUUCAGUUGUAGUACUGUUCGUGACUCUCAUUUUUGACCUGAUUUCAUGUUUUCAUUUGUAGUUCUAUAACAUUUCCAUUUGAGGAUGAUAAACAGCAGUGGCUGAAAGGGUGAAGCAUGUCAGCCUCGUCACCAGCACUGAGAAGAUGUGAUUAUCAUUCAUAUCACAAUUGAAAUGUGAAUGUGAUAUAACUAGCUACGGAAGAAUUGAUUUGAUGUUUUAUUUGUAUUUUUUCAAGGAUUACGCCAAGAUGAAAAAAUGUGAAAAGGCCUAAAAAAUGGUGCUGAUCCCUUAUUUUUGGCUUUUUUAAAAUAACCUUUAAAUGGUUAAAUGGAAAGGUCACCCCAAAUUUGGCAGUUUUUUAUCAUUUACUACACUCCUAACCUGUAUUACUUCCUUUUCAUUUGUGGAACACAAAAGGAGAAAUUUAGCAGAACGUUCAUGCUGUUCUUUUCCAUACAAUGAAAGUGGAUGGAGACCAAAGGCUGUCAGGAUCCAAAAAUUUAAAAAGCAUAGUGUGUAUGACAUUGUACACUAUAUUCCAAGCCAUUAGAUACUUUUGCGAGAGGAACAGACUGAAAUGUAAGUAGUUAUUUUCUCUCAUUGACAUUUGUUAUAAUAUGGGGCAUGUAAACAUCAGAUUUUCAGUGACUAAUGAGUUGCAUUUUGGUAUGUUCCUUACUCUAGCCUUUUGUCAACAUUCACAUUCAUUGUAUGGGAAAGAGAAGCAUUAACAUUCUACCAAACAUCUCCUUUUGGAGUUUAUAAUGACAAGAUGGUAAGAAAAUAAAGACAGACACUUACUUUAUGGCUAAACUGUCCCUUUAACCAAAGUAAAGUGCCCAGACAUUAGUUAUACUGAGGUUAUGUUCUUGAUGUGAAAUUUUGUUUCAGUUUGUAGUAGCACUGCUUUAUCUUGGAGCAUUAAGAGCAUGUCUGACUGGACAUUGGUGAUUUUCUUUUCAAGUGAAUGACUUUCUGGUCAUGGUGCUGGUCAUGUUUCCCCACCAGAUCAUUUCCAGUUCAGUUAUUAAGAAAAAUUUAGACGGAGGAAUGUUUUUUACCGAACGUUUUCUAUUUGUAGAUGGAUAAAUAGCUACCAGUAUUUUUUUGAGUGCAGAAUUUUUCAAUAUAAGAAGAAAAGACAGAGAUGUGUUGAUGCAAUGAACAUGUGUGACCAAACUACCUGUAAACAGAUAAAGAGAUGUUUCUAUUUUUUGCUCUUUGUAAAAUAAUAUUUUGUUUGUUGUUGUCUUUUGUAUGCUUUCUCCUAUGCUUGUGUUAAGAAUGUAAGACGGCGGCAGAGAUGGAUAUAUCCUCUUGUCUCUAGAGAUGUGAGGUUUUCUGUGCUAUUUGGAAAUUUAUGAGGUAUUACUGUCCUCAGGCCUUUUUAAUUUUUUUUCUGAGAAGGUUGAUAUUUCUGACUUGCUGCACUGAUGAUAUCACAAAACCAAAAAUACACUUAAACAUUUUUACCUGA